UUGAAGUCGCUUCUCCGGGGUGUUUGAACAGGAAGGCGGACAUGUUGGCCAGGUUGUUGGAGAAAAUCGGGUAUCGUCUGCGAUUGUUUUCCGAAAAGUAAUACACAUCAAACCUGAUUUAUCCGUAUUUCAUCUGAGGGAUAAAGCAUUUUGGACCGGGAAGCAGUCGAUGGUCAGUGACAGCGCACGGAACCCAGCGGAUGGACUGCCGUUAAACGUUGUAACGACUCCGUCUUUACACUCAUCGAAAUUUGGAAGAAGCAGAAGUUUUUUUUUUUCCCACCACUUCUACUUUUGAGCUGUCAGAUCGGUUUGCCGUUUUCUGCAGGGGCCUGACACAGAUAUGGGAACGGGCCCGGACUAGCUUUCCUUUACAAACUUUGUUUUUUCAGAGAGACGUUGCAUUAAUGCUUUAACUACCUUUUGUUUGGAUGCACCAACAUUUUAAGCCCUUAUCCUCAGUGGCAUCCCACGGAGGCUGACUAAUCUGUCGCCGCAUUUAUCUGUGCCACUAAAGUUGUUUGCCACUCGCACUGGGGAAACAUAUUUCGAAUCCGAAAAUGUGGCGUUUGCAUGUCCAGUGCAACCUUAAAUCGUGCGGAAGCUUGAGAAGAACAAUGUGUUUUCUUUGAAGUGCGACGGAAAGUUCACACGAAGAAAGGAACAUUUGGCUAGCUAGCUACCGCUAGCUGCUAAAGCUAGCUAGCCACUCGCCAUUGAGCUGUUUUUUGUUCAUAACUCAACGUUGGGACUGAGUUUAACAGCAAAAAAAAAAUGUCUGCUGGGGAAACUAUGGAGGCUCGAUUUGAAAAAAUCGAUGCCAUGCUGAAAGACCCAAAGUCAGAAAUAAACACGGAUUGUCUGCUGGAUGGCUUGGAUGCUCUGGUAUACGACCUUGACUUCCCUGCCCUGCGGAAAAACAAGAGCAUUGACAACUUUUUGAAUAGAUACAAAGAGACAAUUAGUAAAAUUCGUGAUCUGCGGAUGAAAGCAGAAGACUAUGAGGUGGUUAAAGUUAUUGGGAGGGGUGCAUUUGGAGAGGUGCAGUUGGUAAGACAUAAAGCCACAAGCAAAGUAUAUGCCAUGAAGCUGCUGAGCAAGUUUGAGAUGAUCAAGAGGUCAGACUCUGCUUUCUUCUGGGAGGAGAGGGAUAUCAUGGCCUUUGCCGACAGUGCAUGGGUUGUUCAGCUCUUUUUUGCAUUCCAAGAUGACCGCUACCUCUACAUGGUGAUGGAGUAUAUGCCUGGUGGUGAUUUGGUUAACUUGAUGAGCAACUAUGACGUCCCAGAGAAGUGGGCUCGUUUUUACACAGCUGAGGUGGUCUUGGCCUUGGAUGGAAUCCACUCUAUGGGCUUCAUUCACAGAGAUGUCAAGCCUGAUAACAUGUUGCUCGACAAAGCGGGCCAUUUAAAACUUGCAGACUUUGGGACCUGCAUGAAAAUGAACAAGGAUGGUAUGGUACGAUGCGACACAGCAGUGGGAACUCCAGACUACAUUUCGCCUGAGGUACUGAAAUCCCAAGGAGGAGAUGGCUAUUAUGGCAGAGAAUGCGAUUGGUGGUCGGUGGGAGUGUUCUUGUAUGAAAUGUUAGUUGGUGAUACUCCUUUCUAUGCAGACUCACUGGUGGGGACCUAUAGCAAAAUUAUGAACCACAAAAAUGCCCUGACCUUCCCUGAUGACAGCGACAUAUCCAAUAAUGCCAAGAAUCUGAUCUGUGCUUUCCUGACUGACAGGGAAGUUCGACUUGGCCGUAAUGGUGUAGAUGAGAUCAAGAGGCAUCCUUUCUUCAAGAACGACCAGUGGACAUGGGAGAACAUCAGAGAAACGGCUGCCCCUGUAGUGCCUGAACUGAGCAGUGAUGUUGACACCAGUAACUUUGAUGACAUCGAGGAGGAUCGGGGAGAGGAGGAGACCUUCCCCAUACCAAAGGCCUUUGUGGGCAACCAGCUUCCGUUUGUAGGCUUCACCUAUUACAGUAAUCAACACCCUUUACGAAGCUCCGCUGACAAGAAGACCAGUGACAAGCGUAGCAGUUCCACAAAAGAAGACAAGAGUCAUCUGGAGAACCUGCAAAAACGAAUCUACCAGCUAGAAGAGCAGCUCCACAGUGAAAUGCAGCUGAAAGAUGAGUUGGAGCAGAAAUGCAGGACAUCAAACACCAAGAUUGAAAAGAUUAUGAAAGAAUUGGAUGAAGAGGCGAACCUGAGGAAGAGUGCAGAGUCCAGCAUAUCUCUGCUGGAGAAGGACAAGCUUAUGAUGCAGCACAGAUUCACAGAGUACCAAAGAAAAGCCGAUCAAGAGGCAGAGAAGAGACGCAAUUUGGAAAACGAAGUGUCAACUUUGAAGGAGCAGCUUGAAGAUAUGAAGAAAAUCAGUCAGAACUCGCAAGCCUCAAAUGACAAGAUUGCUCAGCUGCAGAAUCAGCUGCAAGAGGCCAACGACUUGCUACGUGCAGAGUCGGACACAGCAGCGAGACUGAGGAAGAACCACACGGAGAUGGCAAAGUCAAUGAGCCAUUUGGAGAAUUUGAACCGUGAGCUGCAGGAGAGGAGCCGUGCAGUCGAAGGAGAGAAGGCGCAGCUGGAGAAGGAGCUCCUGCUUCUACAGAGUACCCUGGACUCUGAACGGAGGAAUUACAGUCAGGACUCAGAAGAGAUCAGGGAGCUCCAAGCGAGACUGUCGGGGUUGCAAGAGGAUAACAAAAACUUGAAGCUCAGUCUCUCCAAAGUGGAGGCAGAACGCAAACAGGCCCAGGAAAGAAGUAAUAAUCUGGAGAAGGAAAAGAACAACAUAGAGAUAGACCUGAAUUACAAGCUGAAGACCUUACAGCAGCGUCUGGAGCAGGAACAGAUGGAGUACAGGGCGACACGGGCACAACUUACUGACAAAUAUGAGUCUAUUGAAGAAGCCAAAUCAGCUGCCAUGACUGCUGUUCAGCAGAAGAUGUCAGAGGAGACCGGAGCGAGGAUGAGGGCGGAGAGCCGGGUGGUGGAGGUUGAGAAGCAGUGCUCAAUGUUGGAGUUUGACCUCAAGCAGUCUGUGCAGAAAAUGGAGCAGCUGAUGAAGCAAAAAGAGAGGCUGGAGGAUGAGGUGAAGAGUCUGCAAAUACAGAUGGAGCAGGAGUCAAGCAAACGCAUCCAGACUCAGAACGACCUGAAGACCCGCAUGCAGGAGGUGGAUCGUCUUAGGUGUUCGGAGAAACAGCUCAAACAAGAAAUCAACACAGCACUGGAGAGUAAACGCUCACUGGAGUUCCAGCUGGCACAGCUGACCAAACAAUACAGAGGCAACGAGGGACAGAUGAGGGAACUUCAGGACCAGCUUGAGGCUGAACAGUAUUUUUCUACGCUUUACAAAACUCAGGUCAAAGAACUAAAAGAGGAGAUUGAUGAAAGGAACCGGCAGAUACAGGAGGUUAAUAAGAAGGUGCAAGAUUUGUGCAAUGAAAGGGAUUCCUUGUCUGCGCAGCUGGAUCUGACAGUGACCAAGGCAGAGUCUGAACAGCUUGCUCGGGCUCUUCAGGAGGAACAGUACUUCGAGCUCAGCCAAGAGAACAAGAAAGCAGUGACUAGGCAUAAGCAGGAGAUUGGGGAAAAGGAGGCUACUAUUGUACGGCUUGAGGAAUCCAAUAAAACUCUGACCAAAGAUGUUGAGAACCUCAGUAGAGAGAAGACUGAGUUAAGUGAGAAGCUUCGUGUUCAGGAGGAAGAAUACGCAGCUGAGAAGGAAGAGAUUGAAAAAUCAAUCAAAGCCAACUAUGAGAAGGUCCUCAACACGGAGCGCACACUGAAGACCCAGGCUGUGAACAAACUGGCAGAGAUCAUGAAUCGUAAAGACAUGAAGCUGGAUCAGAAGAAGAAGGGUAGUACAGCUGACCUGCGGAAAAAAGAGAAGGAGAACCGCAAGCUUCAGCUGGAGCUCAAUCAGGAGAAAGAGAAGUUUAACCACAUGGCCAUCAAAUACCAGAAGGAGCUGAACGAGAUGCAGGCGCAAUUGGCAGAGGAAAGCACAUACCGCAAUGAGCUGCAGAUGCAGCUGGACAGCAAGGAGAGCGACAUCGAGCAGCUCCGAGAGAAACUGAAUGACCUGCAGCAGCGCAUGGAUAACUCCAGCGUCACCAGCCUGCAGCCAGAUGAGACUGACAGUAAUAUCGCAGAGUCCAGAUUGGAGGGUUGGCUGUCUAUUCCUAAUCGUGCUAAUAUCAAAAGAUAUGGAUGGAAGAAGCAGUACGUGGUUGUGAGCAGUAAGAAGAUUCUGUUCUACAAUGACGAGCAGGAUAAGGAGCAGUCCAACCCCUCUAUGGUACUAGAUAUCGACAAAUUGUUUCACGUGAGGCCAGUCACACAAGGAGAUGUUUACCGAGCAGAGACGGAUGAGAUUCCAAGGAUUUUCCAGAUUUUGUAUGCCAAUGAGGGAGAGUGCAGGAAGGAGGCGGAUGUAGAGACAGUCCCCCAGGGCGACAAGACCAACUGUCUCCCACACAAAGGCCACGAGUUCAUCCCCACAUUAUAUCAUUUCCCUUCGAACUGCGAGGCCUGCGCCAAGCCUCUGUGGCACGUCUUCAAGCCGCCUCCGGCCCUGGAGUGUCGUCGCUGCCACGUGAAGUGCCACAAGGACCACCUCGACAAAAAGGAGGAUGUUAUUGCUCCUUGCAAAGUAAACUACGAUGUGACCUCUGCCCGGGACAUGUUGCUUCUGGCCGUGACCCAAGAUGAGCAAAAGAAAUGGAUUGGCCAUCUCGGAAAGAAGAUUCCCAAGACCCCGCCAUCAACGUUCACAAGAGCCUCACCUCGUUCUAUGUCCACUCGCUCUGGACCCAACCAGUCCUUCCGCAGGAACCCUAAAAGCAAUACAGGAAAGCUGAGCUAACCAUCUGAAUCGUUGGGAUUUUUUUCUGGACUCUAAACUUUCCCUCCUUCCUCAUCCUCAAAAACGGAAAACCUGUAUUACAUAGAUAAAAAAACAAAAAAAAUAUAUGUAUGUUGACAAAUAACCAACGCUGGAAGAUUGUGACACAUGUAAGAUGUAAGGCAUCAUGGACAUUAAAAUGUCUGAUUCAUGGAGGAAGUCACCUGUCCAGCUCAGCAAACUUGCAGCUCUACAUUUCGACCAGAAGAUGGCGCACGCGUCUUGAACUAAAGGUGGACAAUGGAGCGAGAGAAGGAGUGUCAUGUAGACAUCCUGUGCUUCAUAUCAUAUGACAGUUGUAAAGGAAACUGGAAGGUAAAAGGGGGUUUUGCUGGGACUGCUGCAUGUAUGUGUUCAGUUUAAGGUACUGUCAUACAGGGAUUGCAGAUCUACGGCAAAAGGUUGCGUCUCAGGGGCGGAAAAUUCAUAUCUAUUUAGUAAUUUCUUUCCCCCACCUGUCAAAUAAUGUGGGCUUUAAUGCAAGUGUUUUGUUUUUUUUUUUUUUGUUUGUUUUUUUUUUUUUUUUAAAUGCCUUCAUCUAAUGUCUCUGGCCUUGUUGCCUUUAUUCUUAUCACUCUGCAAGUCAGUUAUAUCAGGUUUGGGACCGCAUAUUGGGACAUGAGUAUUAGAUGUUUUGAGUAUUGAGUGAGGAGCAUGCAAGAUCAUCAUUUAAAUCUAUGCAUUGUUUUUAUUAUUUUAUUGCUCCAAGCCAUAAUGAAAAUUCCAUUGUAAUGGCAUAUAGGAGUCGUAAACUUUUUUUUUUUGUUUAUUUGGUACAUUGUAAUAUCUUUUUGUGUAUUUUUUUUCUUUUUAAUGUAUUGCCUUACAUUGAUUCAUAGAUAAGUGGUUCAAAAGGAAAACAUUAAGUUAACAAAUGUAAAACUGCACUGUUUGACUUGACUGUAAAUUAUUUGUAGAAGACUAAACAGGUGUAGCAUUUGGCCCACCUAGUGCCUUAAUGUUUGGAUAUUGAUUUUUUUUACUGCCAUGUUUUUUUUUUUUGCUGUUUUUUAUUUUUAUUUUUUCCUGAAACAAGACAAAUCUUAACUCUUCCAUCAUUUAUUUUUUAAGAAAUUGCCACAGGUGUGGUUUUAUCAGAACUUGCUUUGUCUGGUUUGAAUAUAUAAAAUAUAUAUAUAUAUAUAUAUAUAUAUUAGAUUACCUCUUUAUGAACACACAGCAAUAGAGUUCCCUUACUUGGUUCAUAUCACAAAUUUGAGGAGGAUGUAUCUGAAAACAAGCCUACCUGUGUCAAUGAUUGUCCUCAUUAACAAUUACAAGUUUUCUCUAACACAGUAAUGUCCCAUUAAUGCAAACCCCCCACAGUGUAUAAUAUGAGAGAGACAUAAGGAUUAUGGGAUACCUCCACAGUCUUUUUAUUUGUAACUUUUUGUUCAGUUAAAAAAAAAGCACUGGAACUAUGAUCUGCUCUUGUCUUGGAUAAUUUGCAUGGUAAAAUUGCAUUGGAGUCCGCACUGAUGGAUAUGUCAAUAAACAUAUCUCUGUCUGUCA